AAAGUUGCCGGGAUGUUACGUGUGCUACUUAUAUCAGUACACUCGUAACAACCUACCCAUUGCGAAACUUAUAUUAUAUUAAAUAAGACACACUGAUCAAAUAAACUAUUAUAUUUGUGUUGACCAAAUUCGAAAUACACGUUAACCUCCAUACUAAAACUCUAGGAUUGGUGAGCGGGAAAAAACGCCACCUCCCGGAGAAUUUUUUUUUUGGGAGAAGUUAACCUUAUCGCUCUCGCUUCGCCUCUUUCUCUCUGACUGUUCAGUGUUUUGUGCGCCACGGCACUGCAAAUUUGACGGACGUAGGCUUCAUUGGGACUGUGGACCGAUAUCAUAGCCUACCUUAUUGUUGGACUCGUGGAAAAUUCAUAACACUUUGGAGAUGAAGUAGUCAGAUUCAAAAACGAUUUUAGCAAUAUCGUAUUCUGUAAAAGGACGGUAUCCUUUGUCCUUUAAAAGCGGUUGUAUAUUUAGACUAAUCCUGCUCUGUUCGGAACUCAAUUUUGAAAUUCAACUUUCUCCUAUUCAAUUUCCCAGUCUGGACUACCAGAAAUCAAGGUUGAUUUGUGGAUUAUCUGGACCAGAACUCACCGUAGCUGUUUGAAGGACCACAAUGGCUGGGUACUCUAGAGACCUGGUUCAAACCUUGCCUUGACAACACAGUUUACAAUUAAAUGUGAGAAAGACACAACCAUCACAUAACUCUCAGCACCAAUCAGGUGUUUCUGGUCUUGUUGCGAAUUAAAUCAGACUUCAUCAGACAUCACCAUGCCUAUUCUCAAGCAGCUAACCUUGAACCAGUCCAAGCGUCGCUCCCGGGCCGACCUGACUGCGGAGAUGAUCAGCGCCCCUCUGGGGGACUUCAGACACACCAUGCAUGUGGGUCGUGGCGGGGAUGCCUUCGGGGACACCUCUUUCCUAAGUACCCGGUCUGGGGAGCCCCCUAAAGAACCAGUUCCAGAGGUCCAGCAGAGCUCCCCUGGACCCAAACCAGGCCUGCUGUCCCGAACCUUCAGGAGCAGCAAGCGCUCCCAGUCAGUGAACCGGGGUGACAUGUACAAGAAUAACUCGUUGGCGCCCCACGGUGGCUCGCCAAACUUUGUGAAGAACGCCAUCUCCCUGCCCUACCUCAAUGACGAGGACGUGGUCAGGAUGGGCGGUGGUCAGCAGAUGCCCAAGAGCGUCUCCUCCAGCCCUCUGAAGAAGCUGCCCGAGGUCGAUGGAAUCAGCAAACCAGUCAACGGUGCCUCGGCCAUGGCGAUGCUGGAUCUGGAGUUUGACGAGCGUAACUUUGGAGAACUGACUGACCUGCCCCCAUCACAUCCUCGGGGUGGGGGGAUGAAGCACGCGGAGUCCAUCAUGUCAUUCCACAUUGACCUGGGACCCUCCAUGCUGGGGGACAUCCUCAGCGUCAUGGAAAAGAAGGGCUGGGAAGAAGACGACCUGGGGUACGAGGAGGGGAAGGGCAGUGAGGGCCGCGGGUCACCCCCCUUUAGCCCUCCCACCACUGAGGAUGAGAUCGAGGACCAGGUGGAUCUAAAGGCUCCAGUCAGGCCCCCACGCACCUAUCCUCAGCAGAAGGUCAUGGCCGACCCCCUCUACACCCCUCGCAGGAACUACCACCCCCACAGCCACCUGGACAGCUGCUCCGUGUCCUCCUCUGGCUCUGCCGCUCUUGAGGAGAAACCACUCCACCACCUGCAGGAGGGGGACACGGACAGCGCCAAGUACAGCUCUCGGGGGGCUGGAGGGGAGAACGAUAAAGACUUCUCCUUCAUGGACGAGGAUGAUGAUGAGAUCAGGGUGUAAAACAGAACAGGGCUUUAAUGUCACCACCACAGAACGUGGUUAAUAAGGACACCAGAACGUGGUUUGUGAAGUCCCCGAAGGAGACAAUUAUUUUUCAUGAGUUUUGAUGCUAUAAUAAGUCUGGGAGGGGUUGGGAGCACGAUAAAGACUGGAAAAAUCCCCACAAAUGGAUCUAUCCUGAGAACUUCUAUACGGGGACAUCCUGUUCUGCUAUACCUCCUGGAUCAGGAAUACCCAUACACCAUCUGUUAUUUAACCUUAUUUACUCGUGUGUGUGUGUGUGUGUGUGUGUGUGUGUGUGUGUGUGUGUGUGUGUGUGUGUGUGUGUGUGUGUGUGUGUGUGUGUGUGUGUGUGUGUGUGUGUGUGUGUGUGUGUGUGUGUGUGUGUGUGUGUGUGUGUGUGUGUGUGUCCAACUGUUAAUGGAAACGAAAAUGCCUGUCCCAUGAGUCCAUUUCUCCAGCCCAUUACAGAAUUCCGUGUCGACCACUAACUCACACACACACACACACACUGCAACUCUGAGACACCAGUUAUUGGUUUGAGGGAUUCUUUUUUGUAGAACUAUGAUCUGUCAUUAUGAUGAUCUAAUCCCACAGUUCCAAUAUGUCAUUAAAGUGUUUUUCUCCUUAUAAGGGGAUCAACCCUUAUAUCCACUCAUAUUCAACAUGAACCAUAUCCCACCAUUGUCUUUCCAUUCAGAGGAUUUCCCUUCAUGGUUACCAUAGCUACAGUCCUGGCUACAGUACUAUCAUAUUCCUUAUUGCCCAUUAUUAGGUAAGGGAAAACCUACCAGCGGUCAUGACACUGAUUGUCACAUUCUUUCAAAGCGGACAUAUGGAGAUGGACAGAGGUCACAGAGGUUGAAGCAUGAACUGUUGAUCACCCAGGUGGAGGUGUAAUACGUGGGGUGUAGAGUCAUGUGAGGUCACGGACUGAACUGUAUAUUUCCCACACUGCUUUGGAGAAAGGAAGUGAAAUGUAUCCCAGCAUUCUUUGGGGUAUUGACUGGAUUGUAUGUGUAUGUGUGUAUUGAGUGAGGUGAGAUGCAGUUACAAUAUUGGUUUUGUUAAUGUACAAGGGGUAAAUAAAGGUCGCUUCUCCUAUGUUUACUACAUACAGAAUUGAUAAGUUGGUCUUCAGGUUCUUAAUCAAUGGCACAACUUGGUUGUUCAUUAUUCCAACCAUUAGUCUGCUUUAUUGUACUCUUCACUAGACAUACUCUAUACAGCCAACACACUCUGAAGUCCUAAAUGAUCAGUUAGCUUGUUUCGUUUGUUAUCUAAUAACUACUUCUAAUAAGGGGUCGAUCAUAUUGUGCACUGUUUUAAGUCACCAUGUUGAUUGGAGGAAUUUAGUUAAAGGUUGGAUUUUGGUGAUCUUUAGUUGUUCUAAAGCCUAACGUACUAGCCUACUCAGUGAGCCAGCUUAAGCCUUAGCUUUGGAGUUGAUUAGGCUAGGUUUGGUUUUGGCUGUGAGUCCAUGGCACUUUAGCUUAGAUCAAUGGACUCAGUCAUAUAUCCCCUGCAAGCACUGCCAAGGUGUAGCAACAGCUCACUCCCUAAAACACUAACUAUUGUACACAACAAAUCUUUGUUUUGUUACCAUGUAAAUGUUUUAAAUUAACUUGACUUAUUAUUAAAUACAAAAAAAUGAAAAUGUUGAAAAUAAAUGGCCUUUCUGUAGAAGCUUUCAUGACCAGUAGUGCUUUUAUUGUACAAAUGUUUAGAAACCGAUGGAAACAAAUACAUAACUCACAGGAGCAGAGAUGGUGGUUGUGAACAAGAGAAGUGACUGUAAAGUAGACUGUCAUAUCUACGUGGUCAUCUCUUCCCCCAUACACACCCCAGGCUUGUAGGAUCAGGAGAAAGAGAGGAGUUUGAAGGGGGAGGGUAUCAGUAAUAGGAGAACACUAGUUAUAAGUGACAAUAUUACCCUCCUCUCGCCAUUGUGACACGCAGACCUGGCUACUGUAGGAGCAGAUUGAAUCAGCACACCCUCUGGCUUCCCUCUCAUUCAUAAACAUACUGUAGGAGCAGAUUGAAUCAGCACACCCUCUGGCUUCCCUCCACCCUCUCAUUCAUAAACAUACUGUAGGAGUAGAUUAAAUCAGCACACCCUCUGGCUUCCCCCCACCCUCUCAUUCAUAAACAUACUGUAGGAGUAGAUUAAAUCAGCACACCCUCUGACUUCCCCCUCAUUCAUAAACAUACUGUAGGAUCAGAUUGAAUCAGCACACCCUCUGGCUUCCCUCCACCCUGUCAUUCAUGAACUUAGUUGGCAGAUCGGUCGGUAACCAAACCAACGACUCAUCCAUUCAUGAGUCAUAUGUUUGGGAAAGGAAAAGACAGGCGCGCCUGUUCCCUUUCCCUUUAGAUUCCUCUGACAGUAUUUGCAUCCCAAAUGGCACCCUAUUCCCUAUAUAGCGCACUACUUUUGACCAGGGCCCAUAAGGCUCUGGACAAAAGUAGUGAACUAUAUUGGGAAUAGGGUGCCAUUUAGGAUGAAUGAAGUGUGACUAUAGGUCCCCCUCCCUCUCAUUAAUUUGGUCAGAUAAAAAUCUAAUCUGUUAAAGUAAAGAAGGAAGUCCCUGCUCAUGCCUUCCUGGAUCCCUGAGUAUUGUCGCGUUCAAAACAACUGGGAAUCUCUGAACUAAGUCUUAUUGGGAAAAUAAUUUUGAACAGUCAUCCAAGUAGGAAACUUGGGAAUCUUUCUAAAACUGACUUUAUUUUCCGACCGGAAGAUCAUUGAUGUUGCGAUUUGACCUAGUUUUUUCCUCAGAGUUCCCAGUUGUCAUAAUCUAUUGACUUCAUGCUUGAGUGAGAGAAAAUUACAUUUGUGCCAUAUGUGACACUGGGGAUUACUGUUUUUGUUCCCUGUUAUGGUGUUGGUUGGUUGUUUGGAGGGGGGAACACAUUAUCCAAUGGUAUUAGGUCAGGGGAGGAACCUACUGCCAGGCAGGAUGUGACAUCACUCAGCCAUAUGUUCAUGCUAUGUAUGUUAGAGUUCCAUGUGUACAUGUCUGUAUUAAAGAGAGAUCGGUUCAGAGAUUAAAAUGACCAGGUGGAAAUGUGCCAAGUAUGUAUGUAAUCAUCCUCUGACAUGUCAUAUUGAGUCUUGAUGUCUGAAGGAAACAUUUACGGGCUAAAUUUAGGAUUUCUUUGUUAUGUUCUUAUUGUUUUAAACUCAGUUGCUUGUUCCAUUGUUGUAGAAUAUGUCUAUGGAAAGUGGGUUAAACUGUUGCAAUCACUUAGCUGUUCUUCACCAAUGCUGGGACACUUUAUAAAGAACCUUUUUAAUUUUCUAUCAAAGCACUCAUACCUGUCCACCCCCAUUUUUUUGCUACUGAAGUGAAGUAGAUAAAUACUAAUGGUGCCAUCCAUGAUGGGGGGGGGAAGAGUCAUACAAGAGAAAGGGAUUGUGAAAAAGAACUGGUUUAAAGGUUCAGCUGGAGAGUGUUUCCUUUUUUUCUACUCUGUGGCUAAUUUUUAUGCCAGGUAUGUGCUACUUUUCUUUUUCUUUCUCAUUCUACCAUAUAUAUACUGAACAAAAAUAUAAAUGUAACAUGCAACAAUUUCAAAGAUUUCACUGAGUUAUAGUUCAUGAGGAAAUCAGUCAGUUGAAAUAAAUUCAUUAGGCCCUAAUCUAUUGAUUUCAUGACUGCGGAGGUCAAAGAUACCUUAAAAAAACGGGCCUCAGUACCGCUGUACAUUAAAAAUUUCCAUAGAUUUAAAAUGAAAUUAAAUCAACUGUAGCUUAUGCCUGCCCAUACCAUAACCCCACCACCACCAUGGGGAACUCAUGUUCACAACGUUGACAUCAGCAAACCGCUCGCCUACACAACGCCAUACACGUGGUAUGCGGUUGUGAGGCCGGUUGGAAAUAUUGCCCAAUUCUCUAAAACAAUGUUGGAGAUGUCUGAUGGUAAACAGUUUAACAUGAAAUUAUCUGGCAACAGCUCUGGUGAACAUUCCUGCAGUCAGCAUGCUAAUUGCAUGCUUCCUCAAAACUUGAGACAUAUGUGGCAUUGUGUUAUGUGCACAUUUCAGUGGCCUUUAAUUUUCCCCAGCACAAGGUGCAUCUGUGUAUUGUUCAGGCUGUUUAAUCAGCUUCUUGAUAUGCCACCCCUGUCAGGUGAAUGGAUUAUCUUGUCAAAUGAGAAAUGCUCACUAACAGGGAUGUUAACAAAUUUUUGCACAAAAUUGAGAGAAAUUUUGUGCGUAUGGAACAUUUCUGGGAUCUUCUGUUUCAGCUCAUGAAACAUGGGACCAACACUUUACAUUUUGUGUUUAUGUUUUCGUUCAGUGUAUUUACCUCCCUCACACGUCCUCCUCUUUUGAAAUACCAGCUAUAUUUUUCAAUAAAAAGAAAGUUGGUCAUCUUUA